CGUGUAUAUAUAUUCGGUUCCUCUCUAAGAUUAGCGAGUAGAAAGCCGCGAGUAUGACCGAAACGUGCGAAAAAGAACGUCCGCAAAAGCGUAUUUUGUGGUUACAAUGGACUGGAGGCCUGGGAGCUUUGCUGCUGCUCUUCAUCUCUGGAUUGAUGAUAGGAUGGACGUCACCUUACAUCGCCAAGCUAACAGCCCCCGAUUCACCAUUACCGAUUAACAAAGCCCAGGCUUCCUGGGUGGCUUCGUUGAUGAACUUUGGUCGACUGACGGGAGCAGUGCCUGGAGCAGCCAGCGUUUAUUAUUUCGGAGGCAAACGGACACUGUUUUUCAUCACAAUCCCUAUGGUCGUCGGCUGGAUCUCUGUCAUAAUAGCCAAUUCCGUAGUCUGGUUGUACAUAGCGAGAUUCGUCAGUGGACUGAGCAUGGGAAUGUGCUACAGUAGUUUUCCACUCUAUCUUGGAGAAAUCGCCAGCCCCAAGAUUCGAGGAUCGUUGGUGACGUUGGCGAGCUGUGGAGCUCCGGUGGGAAUGCUUUGCGGGAACAUAAUUGGCGCAUACGUUGAAAUGUCAGUCUUCGCGUACAUAUGCCUUGCACCAACCAUCGUCGCCAUACUUCUCUUUCUGUGGCUUCCCGAGUCGCCGCACCAUCUGCUCCGAACAAACCAAUUCGAGAAAGCGGAAAAGGCGAUCGCAAGAUACAACCCAGAAGCGAAUGUCCACGCUGAAGUGAAAUCCCUUCAGAGCUUUCUCACUGCUUCUAAAUCCCAGACGUUCCGAAGUAAACUGCGAGAAUUCAAUAUUCCCCAAAAUCGGAAGGCUGGGCUCAUUAUCAUCGGGCUUUACUUGUUCAUGCAGUUGAGUGGACUCAAUAGCGUCUUGUUUUACUUAGAAACUAUUUUGACGAAUGGCGGAUUGACCUUUGUACCACCGGCCACGAUGGUCAUGAUAGGCAGCGGAGCUGCGAUUUCUGGUGCAGUAGGGGCGAUUUAUUUGGCUGCUAAAUGUGGACGAAGGACGUUGCUUAUCGCUUCCUGUGCUGGAACUGUCAUAUCGUUGGUUCUUAUGGGAACACAUUUCGCCCUUUUAAACGGUGGAUCUGAUCCUGUUAAUCUGCAAUGGCUGAUAACAUCGUCCGUCCUUAUGUACGAAGUUUCUGUUCACGUUGGACUCUGUCCUGUUCCUAGUAUAGUACUCAGCGAAUUAUUUGCUCCGAAUAUAAAGAGCAUGGCAGCUUGUAUAGCCAGCGUUUCAGUUGGACUCUUCGCCUUUCUUUCCUCCAAAACUUAUCAACCCCUGGUAGACAUGAUGGGCGAAGCUUACGUAUUCUGGAUGCAUGCAACCUUUAUUGUAAUUGAAAUAAUAUUUGCCUGGGUAUUUUUGCUGGAAACGAAGGGUAAAUCUCUUCAGGAAAUACAAGAUGCAUUGCAUAAACAAUAGAUGUACAACGAUUUACCCAACAGGGUAUAAUUAAUACCUAAGUCCUAUUUUAAAUACUUUAAACGUAAACGCACUCAUUUGUAUGAAGAUAAAAAUUUUUAUAUAAAAAAUAAAA